AUGUCGUCUGAUUCAGUUAUCACUGUUAACGAUAUUCAUUCUCAAUUGAAUCCGACUAGAGUGACUGAAAUCGUCAAGGUUGAUACACCAGAAGCGAUACAAACAACUAUCGAUAGGGCUAUAAAAGAUAAUCAAUUUAUUUCGAUUGCUGGAGGACGACAUGCCAUGGGAUGUCAACAAUUUGGUACUGAUACGAUUCUGAUAGAUACUACGCCAUUGAAUAAAGUAUUAAAUUUUGAUAAGGAGAAGGGUCUAAUUGAAGUUGAAGCUGGUACACAAUGGCCAAAAUUAAUUGACUAUCUUGUUGAAACACAAAAAGAUCUACCUUGGUCAAAAAAAUGGGGCAUUGCUCAAAAGCAAACUGGUGCAGAUCGAUUGACAAUUGGUGGAACAUUGGCAUGUAAUGCUCAUGGUCGAGGCUUGAAAAUGCAACCUAUCAUUGCUGAUGUUGAAUCUUUUGCUCUAUUUGAUGCACAAGCUAAUUUUAUCACGUGUAGUCGCCAAGAAAAUAAAGAACUCUUUGGAUUGGUCAUUGGUGGUUAUGGCUUAUUUGGUGUCAUUUAUUCGGUAGUAUUGCGCUUAACAUCUCGGCAAAAAGUAGAACGUAUAGUAGAAGUUAUUACCGCUGACAAAUUACCAGAAGCUUUUGAACAGCGUAUUCAAGCGGAUUUUCUCUAUGGUGACUUCCAAUUUUCUACCAACGAAAAAUCAGAUGACUUCUUGUACCGUGGAGUUUUCUCUUGCUAUCGACCAGUUGAUUCGAACACUCCACUGGUAAAAGAUCAAAAAGAACUUUCUGAAAAACAAUGGAACGAUCUCUAUUAUCUUUCGCAUGCUGAUAAAGUUGAAGCAUUUCGCCAAUAUUCUACUUAUUAUUUAUCCACUACAGGACAAAUUUAUGCAUCUGAUACUCAUCAAUUAAGUAUCUAUCUCGAUGAUUAUCAUCAUGAACUUGAUCAUCGUCUUGGUACAGGAGAACAAGCUUCAGAAAUUAUUACUGAAAUUUAUGUUCCUCGUCCAGAUCUUCCUGACUUUCUAGCCGAAGUUCGAGAAGAUUUUCGAGCCAAUAAUGUGAAUAUGGUCUAUGGAACAAUUCGAUUGAUUGUACAAGACACGGACUGUUUUUUAGCUUGGGCAAAAAAAUCUUGGGCCUGUAUUAUCUUUAAUAUAGAUACAGUACACACACCAGAAGGAUUAGAACAUUCCGCCAAUGCUUUUCGUCGUUUGAUCGAUAUGGCUAUUAAACGUGGUGGUAGUUAUUAUUUGACCUAUCACACAUUUGCUAGGCGUUCACAAAUUGAAACAUGUUAUCCACAGUUUGCCGAAUUUCUUCACCUGAAGCAACUUUAUGAUCCACAAGAACGUUUUCAAAGCGAUUGGUAUCGUUUCUACCGAAAGAUGUUUGCUACAAACGAUGCAAGUGCUUAUUCAAUGGAUCCAUUAGUUUGGAAAAUGGAAAAUUCGAAAUGA